AUGAUUUCUACUGCUCUCCAUUGGCUUAUUCUGGUGUCAUUCAUCAUCUUAACCAUUAGUGGGAACGUACUGGUAUGCUUGGCCGUGGGCCUCAGCCGCCGACUGUGGCGCAUCGCUAACUGCUUUGUGGUGUCACUGGCGGUGACAGAUCUCCUGUUGGGCCUGCUGGUGCUGCCCUUUUCCGCCACUCUGGAGUUACGCAGUGGCAAGUGGCCCCUCGGAGGCACCAUGUGUAACAUCUAUGUCUCGUUGGAUGUCAUGCUGUGCGCUGCCUCCAUCCUGAGCUUGUUGGCUAUCAGCGUGGACCGAUAUCUCGCCAUCUCAGCACCCCUCAGUUACUCGUCGAGAAUCACACCUCCGAGGGUGACCUUCGCCAUCAUGGCCAUCUGGGCCUUGUCGCUGGCUGUGUCUUUUGUGCCCAUUCACUUGGGAUGGAAUACAGCGGACUACAGAGUGCAGCACUUGGACUGGCCCAUGGGGCAAGACCACAAGGAGGGACACUAUUGCCAAUUUGAAUGGAAUAACAACUACAUUAUUUUGUAUGUCAUGUGCUCAUUUUACCUUCCUCUGAUGGUUAUGUGUGCAAUGUACCUCUGCAUAUUCAGAGUGGCACGCCAACAGGUCCAACGAAUCCGUGCAGCCACGCCCUCUUUCGCCCGCAUGCCAUCAACGGCUGCCAUAGCAAAAGAGCACAAAGCUACCAUAACACUUGCUGCUGUGCUUGGGGCCUUUGUCAUCUGCUGGUUCCCCUACUUCACCUUCUUCACCCGAACAGGAAUCAAAGAACAGAUGAACCCCCCGACUACACUUCACUCGGUACUGCUGUGGCUGGGCUACUUCAACUCCGUCCUGAAUCCCAUCCUAUAUCCCGCUUUGAAUAGGGACUUUAGAAAGGCCUAUGCAGAGCUGCUAUUCUGCAGGGGAUCAUCACGCAGAAAACUGAAAGUGUACAAAAGAUCAACCCUCUCGAAUGGACUAAGCCAUUCCCAAGUGUCUCAUGACACGGUUUAA